UAACCUGGUUAGCCAGAACGGUAUUUUCAUACAAAGCUUUCUUCCGCUUUGUGCUAAUGAAGCCACGCCCCUUUGUACGUGUGUCUUGCGUACUACGUCAUUGGCAGUCCUUAGUAACACGGAGGCGUCUCGAGGAGGCACAAUCACAACAUGGGUUUGCUAUCAAUUUUGCGAAAGCUGAAAAGUACCCCGGACCAGGAGGUCCGCAUAUUGCUUCUUGGGUUGGACAAUGGUGGUAAGACCACUCUGCUCAAACAGCUGGCCUCAGAGGAUAUCAGCCACAUUACACCAACACAGGGUUUCAACAUCAAAAGUGUGCAGUCUCAGGGUUUCAAACUAAACGUAUGGGACAUUGGUGGGCAGCGUAAGAUCAGGCCCUACUGGAGGAACUACUUUGAAAAUACAGAUCUUCUGAUUUAUGUUAUUGACAGUGCAGAUCGCAAACGAUUUGAAGAAACAGGACAGGAGUUGGCUGAGUUAUUAGAUGAGGAGAAACUCAGUGGGGUUCCUGUUCUCAUCUUUGCUAAUAAGCAAGACCUCCUCACUGCAGCCCCUGCAUCUGAAAUCGCUGAGGGACUGAACCUGCACACCAUUCGAGACAGAGUAUGGCAGAUCCAGCCCUGUUCAGCCCUCACUGGUGAGGGUGUCCAGGAUGGCAUGAACUGGGUCUGCAAAAGUGUGAAUGCAAAAAGGAAGUAGACCUGCAUACUCCCUACGCUCCAGGAAAAGCAGUGUGUACCUCUGUAUGUAUAAACAACAUGUCAUGUAUGUACAGCUUUAAAAAUUACAAUUUCGGUUAUUAAGACAUUUCAAUAAAUCACAAUAAAUAAAUUAUAUAUAUAGAAAAUUCAUAUAAGGACCUCUGGUCCAUUUUUAUACUCUCAGCUUACAGAUUCGUCUUUCUUAAUAGCUUUUGUGUCAUUAUGGCUUAACAGUUUGUUAAGAAAAAAAAAAGCAUUGUUUUGGGAGCAUUUUAGUAGUCUGAUCAUCAGUACAGUUUUGAAUAAGCAUAUGAAUAAACAUAUUCUGUCUUCAUAUUUAAAGUCAAAACCAGGUCAUCCUUGGGCUGGCACUAAAUUUCCAGAACAUCUUGAAUCUAAUACUGUGUUACACUUCUACCUUUGAAUAGUCCUGUACACAUUCAAACUUUUACCACCGCAGGUUACAUCUGUGACUGAAGUUUUCUGUCUUUGAUGACAAUUCUUGUCACUCCACCUUUUAAUGCAAUAUUUUUGACUACAUUAUUCUUUUUCUAAGUAUAUUUUUGUAACAUAUUGAAAUUGUAGAAGAAUUUAAUAUCACCUUUCAUAGAAUGCCCUAAAAAAAGGUUGUUCUGAACAAACCUGAAAUAACCUUCAAAAUUCAUGUACAAAAUGGCAGGAUAUGAAAUGUGCUCAACAAUCCGAUGUACAUUAUUUGGAAAUUAACAAAAUAUUUUCUGCAAACACCUUAAUAUGAAAUCGAAGUAACUGGUGUAUUUAUAAAUAAUGUCAGUUUGAGCAUCUUCCUGUGGUACCUCUGAAUCUAUUGCUGUUGUAUGUGUAAUAAUGAAAGGUAUCCAUAAAAUAAAGUUCUGCGAGAUUA